GCACAAAGUCAUAUUGUAAUAGGAGUUCCGCGCACACAGUCAGUUCACGACCGUGCACGUAUAUACCAAGUUUUUACUCGUAGCUAUCUCUCACAACUAAGUAGUACUCAGUUUCGUUGAAAUAGUUUGUCUCUAGAGUUUAUAUAGCAAUGGCUGAAAAGAUUGAAAUUGAGAAAGCCUCUAGUUCUUCACAAAACCUGAUAUGCCCGCUAUGUCUUGAUAUUUUUGAUGAACCGACGAUCCUGAGGUGUGGACACACUUUCUGUCGUAAGUGUCUCAAGAAAUAUGAUCUGACCCACCAGGACAUUGACCACAUGGUCUGUCCUCUCUGCAGGGAGAUCACCAAGUUGUCUGCCAACCGUGUCGACGAUCUCCGCCUCAAUGUCUCCAUCAACGGAUUCGUAGACGACUACCACGCCAAGUGUGGAGGGAUGAAUGCUGUCCUUGAGAUGUGUACCAAAUGUACUGGUUGCAAGUUUCAGCAAGACGCUGUCUCCUUCUGCAUAACAUGUAAUAACUACAUAUGUGAUAAAUGUUUACAAUCUCACCAGUGCAUGACCCUCUUUGAAGAUCACGAGAUUGUCUCCGUGGAGGAUGUCAUCGAAGGGAAGGUCAGCAUUGGUCAUCAAUUUGAGAAAUGCUCCAUCCACAAACAAGAGAACAAAGAUAUGUUUUGUGAUGAUUGCAAGGUCCGUGUCUGUCUCAGGUGCGUGGUCGUUGGUCAUAAGGUCCAUAACAUCAAGAACCAGUCUGACUUCGAGCAUGAGUUGAGGCGAAAGGUGACAGAGCUUGCCAAGCAAUGUGCAGCUAAGAAAGCUGAGCUGGAAAAGAACAUUCAGAAUAUAGAAUUACAACGUCAUGAGGUACACACUGCCAUGCAGAAACUACUAGAUGAUGUCAGCCAGGCUUACAGCAUCAAGGUUAAAGAGCUGGAAGGAAAUCUUCAAGAUCUCAUCGAGCAAAUAAAUGAAUUGAAGCGAAGUUUCGAGGAUGAUCUCAACAUCCUAAAGUCCAAGGAUCGACAGAGGAUCAAGAGCAUUUGUAGUUCGAUUACAUUGGUAGAUAAUGACAGACUGGGUCAUCUUGAGACAGAUAGUCUGUCCGCUCAUAAUUUGCUUUGUAAUGAGCUAGAAGCUAUGCUGAAAGACGUUACCAAUCGCACUACUGCGGAAGUUAUUGCAAAGAAAGCACAGGAGAAGAGAUUGAAUCCUGGAGAUAAAUCUCGUCUUGACCUCGGGUUCAUCUCAGGAUCAGAUCCCAAGUUAGAAAUCAUUAAGUGUAUAGAUCUACGGGGAAAAAUGAUUGGAAUGACAGCUUACAGUCAUACCAGUGUGGCCAUCGUAUAUGGGAGUAGUGCACGAGGUAUUGAUAUCAUUGAUACAGCUGGUGGAACGGAGCAGUAUACAAACAUACCACAUGACGUGGGUUAUAAUGAUAUUGUGAUUCAACGGUACAGUGCUUUAUGUGUCUCAACUGGUAAUACAGAAGCACACGUGUAUUCUACCAAUGGCUCCAGGAAAGCAACAAUUAACGUGAGUGGGACUGGUUAUUAUCUCACACUGAACAGAAGUCCAUCAAAUGAGAUCCUCAUUGCUAACGGUGCAAACAAAGUCUACAUCUAUGACCCGACUGGAUCCACUCUCAAACACACUGUUCCAACAAAGCACAAGACAUGGCAGGUAUCAUCCACCAGGUCGGGUUUGAUCGUCACCAGUUCUUGUAAUUUCCUCAAUCCAAGGGUGGUGACGGUCUAUGACAGGGAUGGGAAUGCUGGUGAGUCUCUACAAGCUCCAAAGGAUGUCUACCUGUAUGCUGCCGUGGAUGAGCAGGACAGGGUGUAUGUAGCGAGUGUUGAUCGUAUGGGUUGCAAGGUGGUGAUCAGGCUCUAUGAUCUCGAUGGUCUGAACCUGAAGGAAAGAGUCGAGUUCAAAGCACUUAAUAUGACAUUGGGUGAUUAUUGGUGUUACUUGGUUUCCCUCUCUCCGGACCUACUCGCUUUUGCUUGUAACAAUAAGUUAUAUUUCAUCAAGGUAUUGCUGUAAUAAAGAGUAUCUCACUAGUGUGUUUAACAUGAACUAUUACUUUUUGUGCGAUUAUUUAUAGUGUAUCUGAAAUGAGAAUCCAAUAUGUUAAUAAACACCUUUCUGAAUUUGUUUACAUUUAGUGAUGUGUAUAUACACAGAAAUUUUAACACGAAUCGAAAAAACGUUCAUACACAUAAAAUAAUUUCAUCAUUGAAACUGGAAUAUCAAAAGACCAUUAUUUUUAAUUAUUUCGUGAAUCUGAAUUAACCACACAGUAGAAAAAAGAUAAUUACGUUGUUUAAGCCUGCCACUCUUAUAACAAGUUGUUUAAACUUCUUUUUGUAAUUAUUUAAACAUUUUAAACAACUUGUUUAAAAAGUUGAAAGUUGUAUUAAAAAUAGACAGAUGUUUAAAAAGUUUAAACAGUAGUUGUUAGAGAGACGAGCUUAAACAACGUGUUUAACAUUUUAAACAGCGUUUUUAAAGCGUAGUACUUUUGUUGUCAUUUAACUGGUGUAAUUAAGCUAGCGUUUAAUAUUUUCGGGUCUCUGUUAUAAUGGUUAUAGACAAUUCUUUCUUUUUUUCUUUUCUCUGCCCUUUCCUUUGUAUUGUUUAUUGUAUUGUAUUUUUGUCUUAGGCGUAUCCCGCCACAAGCCUCGGCUUUUAGGGUAUACGCCUUCUUCUUUAAACCCAACAUGUACAUAUUUAUAUUCUUCGUAACAAUUAGAUUUUUAUAUGAAUUAAUAUUAAUGGAAAAAUGUUUUGAAAUGGAAGAAAAUAAAUGCUUAUUUGUUUAUUUGAAUUCGACAAAGGACUAUUAUAUAAAACGAACUCUAUAUUUGUGAGUGUCAAGAUUUGUCUGUGUGGAAAUGUUUACAAUCGAUUUGAUGUGUUCUUGCAAGUCAGCCUAUUUGUUGUGGAGAUACGUCAAUACAAUCUCGAAAUCUGAAAAUGUCCUGUCCAGUGUUAUGAUGUGAAGAAAAGGCCUAAUAAUUACGGAUAUCAGUUGAAUUCUUUCCUAUUCGACCAUAAACCCAUUAAUCUGAAUAGGCCUAUAUUUCUAUUUGUGUGGAAUGUAUAGUCCUCACAAACCGAUUUAUACAUAAUUAUUUUCUUUUUAUGAAAUAUUACUUACAGGAACAUUAUUAUAUUUAUUUUAUAAUAAAACGCCUUACUGAAUGAUUGUAUGAUAUAAACAACAGCAACAAAUUAUACGAUUUUAACAUAUCCCAAUUUUACGAGGGCAUCAUUAUGUAUCAAAUAACCUGGUUUGUUUUGCUGUUGUUGUUUUGCCUUUAUUCAGAAUUCAGUACAUCAUAAUAUAACAAGGAAUAAGUAAUUAUUAAGACCUUAAUAUUUUCAUACAAUGCACAUUAUGAUAUGUAUUUUCAUUCAUUGCGCAAUAUGAUACGUUCUUUUUUCCUUUUUUUAAUAUGUUAGAUUGAUAAAUGAAUAAAGCAGACAGUGCCUGUAAUGUUUCCAAAAAAGAAAAAUAUUACAAUUUUCAUGAUAUAAAACAAUUUAAUCAAUGAAUCAUAAAAAAGAAUAUUUUGAGCAUCAUUGAAAUCAAUAAAAAUCAAGAUAUUUUGAACAAAGGUUUUCUUAUAAAACAUAAGAAAAUGUGGGUUACAUCAUGCCAUUAUGGCACGGUGUAUUUUAUUAAAUUUCUCAAUAUAAAAAUGAUGAAUAGCGGACUACGAGUUUAUAAAUUGCCGCUUGUUUCAUAACGCCCUCUUUCGAGAGAAUCCGGACAUGCUCUACGAACAACAUGAGAAUCAUAGAGAUGGAUAAAAUAAUUUUUUCCACCUCCCUGAAGCGAAUGUAUCUCUUGGAAAUUGAUUCUAUCCAAAGAUUAUAAAUAAGAUAUUUUUUCUUGAGAAAACCAGUUGUAAUAUUAUUGCUUGAAAAAAGUUGAUAAAAAGAAAACAAAUACAAAAGAACAUACAUACAGUUG